UACAAAGUAGAAACAACCGGUGUACAUAUGCACAGCAAGUGAACACCAUCCAAAAACAUCUUCAAGACGGCCAUCGACAAGCAUAUCAUCCAUAAAACCUCACAACCGAAGGAUGAAAAACAUUCAGAAUACGGCAACGUUCUGUUGAAAAUGGCUGCGAACUACUGGCUGAGCUCACAUGCGAACUCACAUAUCCUUACCCGUCAUGAUCUACGUAACUCGCCUGGAAGGUCGAUCGAUCUCAAGUAUGCUGGCGAACGAGAAAUGGCAUGCAUUAACAUCUGGAGUAGCAAUGUCAUACACAAGAUCGGAAAACGACUGAAUUGUCGACAAAUCGUCACCGCUACUGCAGUCACUUACUUCCGCCGAUUUUACGUUAAGAAUGCGAUUGCGGAGACAGACCCUUGCUUGGUGGCGGCGGCAGCGGUUUAUGUGGCCACCAAAGUUGAAGAAGCGCCCUCACACAUCAAGACCGUCCUGGAAGCGGCCAGAAGCGUGUUUUCUGAUUAUCCCGCUCUAGGCCCGUUUCCUAAUGACGCAACGGUACUAGCAGAAAUGGAGUUUUAUCUAAUCGAAGACUUGGAUUUCCAUCUGAUUGUUUGGCACCCUUAUCGGGAUUUGGCACAAUUUGCUGGACGAGAGGAUUCUGCUGUUCCAAAGGAUGCCAUGGAACGAAUGAGCGAAUGGACACCUGGCCCCAACUCACCCCUCUAUCAAGAGUAUCGCAAGGAAUGUGAUCGGCAAGCUUCGAUGCUUGAUCUCAGUGACACGACUCUUCAAAUGGCAUGGUUUAUCAUUAAUGAUACUUAUCGGACCGAUUUGAUCUUGCUCUAUCCGCCAUACAUCAUUGCAUUGGCGGCGAUCUAUAUCACCGUAGUGAUCCAUCCCCAUCCAGCGAUGAAGACGCUUCCACAAGCGACCAAGCCGACUCGACGGAGCAGCGACGAGACGGGCCCAUCGUCGAGGACGCGCCGACAAUCGAUGAACCCGUCGACGCCGCUGGCCAAUCUUCCAGGACGAGUCGAAGGCACGACGGGGACGGGGACGGCCUUGCCAGCCAGUCCAAGCACUCCAACUAAGGUCGUCCCCUUAGACUUCUUCGCUCGCUUCCCCAUCUCAAUGUCGUUGGUACUCGAACUCGUCCAGGAAAUCGUCGCCAGCUAUGAGCUGUGGAAUCGGCUCGAAAACCCUAGUCUUUCGAUCCAUCGUCCCCCCGAGGAUCCCGAAAAAAUUCCGAGAGGCCUCGCCUCUACUCGGCUCAAUCGUCCUAUCUAUUCUCCUGACUCUUCCUCCUCUAUUCCUUCUUCUUCCGCUGCUAAUCCCUCCACUAGUGCCUCUCAUUCACACCAAUCUGCUUCUAGUAGUCCUGUUACUACUAAAGCUUCAGGCGAUAAGGCGGCUGAUGAACGCGUCGUCGAUAUCCUCCUUAGAAUGCAUAAGGCUAGAGAGCUCGACCAAUCUGCUUGAUUUAUUUUGCUUUUUUUCUCUUCUUUGGAAUGAUUCCACAAAACCGCUUCACACAAGAGUCUUUUACCUUACGUUAUUUGAACUCAUUAGGCGUCUGCAUCGUUGUUUUUUUAUAUAUAUAUCUUUUUUUUCAACCAUGCCCUUGUAUACAUCUUGUAUGAUAUUUUGAUUCAUGUAUUCCAAAAUGAUGAUUGAAAGAAAGUCAGUUUAAUUGAUAUGUACAAUAUUAUGUCUUGAGGAUUCCAAUAGAUAGUACAUGCGAGACAAAAAU